AUGCUUGUUGAUUUAAUUGUUCUUUGUGUGGGCAGUAGUCGGAUUUUUCAGGUACACUACCAGGAACUGAAAGGAAAACCGUUUUUCAACGAUUUGGUGGAAUAUAUGUCGUCCGGACCAGUGAUUGCCAUGGUCUGGGAAGGGCUUGAUGUCGUGAAACAGGGGCGACAGAUGCUCGGCGCUACAAAUCCGCUCAGUUCGAUGCCAGGAACGAUUCGUGGUGAUUUCUCAAUACAAAUGGGACGAAAUAUAGUGCACGGCUCCGAUUCAGUACCGUCCGCAGAGCGUGAGAUUGCGCAUUGGUUCAAGCCGGAUGAGCUAAAUUCCACGCUUAUUUUGUCCACUUUGUAA